AAUCCCUUGAGUUCCCGCUGUUCAGUCAGUGAGCUGAUCAGCUGAAGACAAAACAGCCAAAUAUUAUCGAUAUUACUGAGGCUCAAGCGAUGGAAAAGCUUCUUAGACUGUAUUUGCUUGUAGCUACGUUGCUUUUAGCGUUUAAUGGACACAGUCAUGCAUCUGCUGCAGAGCAAUACAAAACCUGGAUUCCCAAUACUAACUGGAAUAAUGGUGAAAACUGGGCAUCAGGGAGAGUUCCCUGUCCAUUACAGGAUGUGCAGCUUGGUAAUCCACAGAACAGUAGCCCAUUAUCCAUUGCCUUGACAGGACAAAAUGCACUUAAAAGUCUGAGUUUACCUAUGAAUGGGGAAUUAAUUUUCCACAAAGAUGCUGAGCUAACCUUCUAUCAGGACAGAGAAGUUGUUCUUGAUAAGUGUACAGCAAAGGGUAAUAUCCAGUUUAUAGCCAGUGUACCUAAAAUGUGGUACAACCCCAAUAACUGGAAGGUAACUGAUAAUGAUGGGAACCCUGUGUUAAAUGAUGCAAAUGCCAUAAUACACCUGGAGAAGGUCCCUUGUCAACAUGAUCAAGUCUUAUUUCCUAAGGACAGUUCUUUUAAUGUUGCUAGUACCAAGCCCAUCACUGUUGCUUCUCUUACCAUUAAUGGAAAGAGUUACUCCCAGAGUUCUUUCAAAGAAUUUCUCAGUGGUGAUUCUGGAGCCAUGCAGUUCCAUUUGAGCAUCAGUUCUAUGCAGCUCACUGGACAAAUAUGCAAUGACCCAAAAGGCUGCCUUUGCAACACAAAUCAGGAAAAGACUACAAUAUGUAAUCACGUGACUUGUGUGGUGCCACUGUGUAAUGACCCUCUGGAACCAAUCGGGUCGUGCUGUACUUACUGUGGCGCAGUUAUGAUGGUAAAGCCUGGAGCAUCGUUUAGACUGGAAGAUUUCAAAUCUAAAAUCUUGAGUCUGAAAGCCAAGUUUAAGCCAGUAAGCCUUGCCGAGAAAAACGGGGUCGAGUUAGCAAUCUAA